AUGACUCUGAUUCUCAACUCAAAUGGCGUUUUUUUUGGUAUUUAUGCGAGCACUGACGACCGUACUCGGAAUGGACAAUGGCGUAUUUUAUCUGACAGGAUCAAGAACUACCCUGAACCAUGUUUAUGUUUGGGUGACUUUAAUGAUAUAUUGGUGGCUACGGAAAAACAAGGGGGCAACCUCCACUCGGAAAGGAGUAUGGCGGACUUCCGAGCCUUUGUAACUGACGUUGGCCUAUUAGACUUGGGUUUUGCUGGCUAUCCCUUUACAUGGCGAAAUCGAAGGGAGAAUGGUUUGAUCCAAGAGAGACUUGAUAGAGGUCUAGCCUCCGAACCUUGGCUUCGGAGCUAUUCCGAAGCUAGAGUGAUGCAUGUGGCCUUGGCGGGUUCGGACCAUCUGGGUCUUAUGCUUUCUACUAAGCCUUCUACUUCGCGAUGGCAUCGCAGAUUUGUUUAUGAUUCACGAUGGGGGCGUCAGCCCCAAUGCAAGAAUGUCGUUUCUGAACGAUGGCAGAAGUGUUUUCAAGGGUCCCGAGGGGACCAAUUUAUUGGGAAACUAGGUUGGGUGCGGACGGGUCUUGUUCAAUGGAGGAGAACUGAAGGACGAAACUCUUCUGAGCAUAUUUCCUUACUUCGACAGCAGCUGCAAUCUGCCUAUACUAACCAGAAUUUUAAUGGCCCUAUGGUGAGAGCUUUGGAGCAGGGCCUUAAGGAAGCUCUUCGUGAGGAGGAGCUCUUCUGGAAGCAAAAAUCUCGCAUACAGUGGUUGCAAGCAGGUGAAAAGAACACAAAAUUUUUCCAUUCCAAAGUGAUGGCUCGUCGUCGACAAAAUCGGUUAUUGGGUUUGGAGGAUGCUACUGGUGUUUGGUAUGACAAGGAAACUUACAUUCAUGAUAUUGCCGUAUCCUAUUUUCAAGAUUUGUUCACUACUAGCCGCCCUUCUCGCAUAAAUGAAACGGUAGAUUGUGUAAGUCAACGACUUUCAAUGAGUGAAAGCUCCUCCUUGCUUAAAACGGUCACCCGGGAAGAGGUUUUUGAAACUGUGAAGAGCUUGAGUCCCUCAGCUUCUCCGGGGCCUGAUGGCUUCACUGGGGCCUUCUUUCAACACCAUUGGUCUGUGGUCGGAGAUGAUGUAUUUAGGGUAGUCCAGAGUUUCUUUCACUCUGGCAAGCUGCCUAAACGACUCAAUCACACUCAUAUCACCCUUAUCCCAAAAGUUCUGAAUCCUAGGAAUAUGAAACAGUGGAGGCCAAUCUCUCUUUAUAAUGUGAUCUAUAAAAUUAUCUCGAAAAUCCUCACCAACCGUUUGAAAUCUGUGUUGCCUCUUCUUAUUAGUCCUCACCAGUCUGCUUUUGUUGCAGAAAGGCAGAUCACGGACAAUAUCUUAGUAGUCCACGAAAUCUUACAUUCUCUCCAAAGGGGUAAGCGCUCCGAUCCUAAGACCUUGGCUCUCAAGCUUGAUAUGGCGAAAGCUUUUGACCGCGUGGAAUGGCCUUUCCUGAUUGCAAUGAUGAAGAAGCUGGGUUUCCCUUACCAAUUCUGCUCUUGGAUUUUUGAAUGCAUCUCCACAGUUUCGUACAGUGUUCUAAUCAAUGGUGCUCCAAUUGGUAAAAUUACUCCCUCGAGGGGAUUGAGGCAGGGUGACCCUUUAUCUCCCUUUCUAUUUCUUAUUUGUGCAGAAGGGCUUACUUCUCUCAUUAAAGCGCAUGAGGCAAGACAAGCUCUACAUGGGUUCCAACUCCGAAGGGAUGGGAUUAGCAUUAGCCAUCUCUUAUUUGCUGAUGACUCUGUCUUAUUUUGCAAAGCUGAUGCCAGGGAAGCGGAGUGUGUUUUAAACAUUUUACAGUGUUAUGAAGCGGGUUCUGGACAAAGCGUCAACUUUGAUAAGAGUUCUAUUUUCUAUAGUGCCCAUUGCUCAUCUCGCCUACGUGUACAAAUGGAGCAGAUCCUACAGGUUAAAGGCCGUAAGGAUUUUGGAAAAUAUCUAGGCAUUAUGGCAGAUUUUGGAGCGUCUAAAAGAAAAGUUUUUGAGGAGGUCCGUCGUAAGCUAGAUGGCAAGCUCCAUGGCUGGGCUGAACAAUUCCUUUCACCGGCGGGCAAAGAGGUCCUCAUAAAGGCUGUUGCUAUGGCCAUGCCCUGUUAUACCAUGUCUUGUUUUAAGCUGCCAGUGACACUAUGCAAAGAAAUUGAAGCUGCCAUGGCUAGGUUUUGGUGGAAGUCCCACUCGGACAAAAACGGCAUUCAUUGGGCUAGCUGGACAAAACUAUCUCAGCUCAAAAAGGCAGGCGGUUUGGGCUUCCGUGAUCUCCAAUGUUUCAAUAUGGCUUUACUUGCGAAGAUUGGUUGGCGUAUUUUGCAUAACCCGAGCUCUUUGCUUGCAUGCUUGCUCCAUGACAAGUAUUUUGUCGGGGCGUCCUUCCUCACUGCUACCUCUCAAAAAUCAUCUUCCUGGGGAUGGAAAGGUAUUCUCCAAGGGCGUCGUCUGCUUGAAUCUGGAUUGCGUUGGCGUAUAGGAGAUGGCACUACAGUCCAGGUACGUAAUGAUCCGUGGCUUCCAACCCCUUACACCUUUCGAACUCUCUCGCGACAUCCAGAUCUUCCCUACAUGGUCCAUGAACUCAUUGAUCCUCUCCUGAAAACUUGGAAAAAAGAUGUGGUAAAUAGGUGUUUUGUACCGGAAGAGGCCACCCACAUUUUAAGUAUCCCUAUCAGCCGGUGGGGCUGUCCAGACAAGCUAAUUUGGCAUUUCAACAUGCAUGGACGGUACACUGUUCGGUCCGGUUAUGAAUUAGCGCUACACCUACAACGGAAUGGUGAAUUGGGGCGUAAGGGAGCGGGUGAAGCCAGCAGUAGCUCAUCUCAAUCUUCAGUUUGGAAAUCAGUUUGGCAUGUUGAUGCACCUCCCAAGCUCAAAGCCUUCAUUUGGUGUGGUUGCUCCAACAUUCUUGCAGUGAGGCACAAUUUGCACAGGCGGCGUGUACCGUGUACCGGGGAAUGUGGCUUUUGUGGCUUUCAGGAUGAAACUCAGGCUCAUAUUUUUUUCGAAUGUGACUUUGCCCGUGCCUUCUGGUUUGCCAGCCCUCUUCAACUUGACGUGAGUAAGUUAGCGGGUGAGGAUUUUAUUUCUACUUGGCAACAUAUGAUGACAACGCUCAACUCAUCUGAGCAUGCGGCGGAGGCUAUUCAGUGGUUUGUUUUUGGGCUGUGGCGAAUCUGGAAAGCCAGGAAUUUAGCGGUCUUUGAUGGUGUGCAGGCUGACCCUACUGAGGUUGUUCUCCUUCUGCUCAAGCAGGUUAGUGAAUUCCGUACUGCUAAACAUGACCUCCAGGACCUCCAGCCCCAGCCUCUCCAACCUGCCAGCAGUCCUGCUCCCCUGAGCUGGUGUAAACCUUCGCUCGGUCUUCUUAAAGUAAACUGUGAUGCCGCAUGGUCUGCUCAGCGGAUGGGUGGGGGUGUUGGCUGGGUCAUACGGGAUUCUUUUGGUUUAUUGCUAUGUGCGGGUGGACAGGGAGACCUUCAUGGUUCCUCCGCUAUUAUGAUGGAACUUCUAGCUAUUCGCCAUGCGCUCAGUGAGUGUGCUAAUUUUCAUCUCACAGACAUUAUUGUGGAGUCGGAUUCUCAAAAGGGUAUCUUAAUGCUUAAUGGUCGGGCUACAGUGGACUCAGACUUGGAGGGGAUUGUCUUUGAUAUCAGGCAGUUGGUGGCUUCUCUUUCUCGGGUUUCCUUUGUGUUUGCUCCUCGGUCCUGUAACCAGGCUGCCCAUUCUGUUGCGGGUUUUGCCUCUAAGCAGGGGGGUAAUCAUGUUUGGGAUCAUCUAGGACCUGAUUGGCUUUUUAAUUUUCUUACCUCUGAUGUAAACCUUCACCUUCGUUAUUAA